GGUAUACGCAGCUUUUCACGCUCAAGAUAUCCUCGGUCAGAGAUUGCUCACUGAUUUUCCACAGACGAAGAGUUUGACUGGGCCAAAUCCGGGUCCUCGUUGUCCGUUCCGGACCCAUAAAUUCGGGUCCGAGACUGCCGGUCUCCGCUACUCGGCCCCAGUGUGGUCCGGUCAUUAUCAAAAUUAGACAGAAGGCUCCCACUCGUAAGCCUGACUCGUAUAGAACUUCCAGAUCGUGAAGAUACAUUCAUUCCAGUCCACUCGCUUCCUACUACAACCUGGCCCUCAGACCUCGUCAGCAUUAGAACCACCAAGGCCUUAUUCUCUUGCUAAACAACCAUCACACCUCAGAGAGUUUGUCACCGCAUCCUCGAACUCAGCCAUGGAACCUUCAAAGAAAGAAGUCAAGCAGAGCUGGUGGAAGCGCCACUGCACUCCCCCUCCUGCCAUCAACAAGAGCCCCAUGUGCCCCUGCCGAGAGUGCUUCGAUGCUGCUCCGCAAAUAUACGACGACGUUACCCCGUCAGAGUCGCCGGCCCAUUCGACUCCGUCACCCUCAGCCUUCCCGUCCGCGGCCUCUUCCCGCAAGAACUCCGUCCAGCUGCUUCAACAGGGUGACGGCAAGGAUGCGGUUCACCAGGGAGUCUCGACAAGCGCUUCGCUCGCGCAUGUCGAGACUGUGAAAGAGAGGAAACGAAAAUCCAUCGAAAAAUCAUAGUCGGUUUCUAUCGUUCCAUCUCGUUACAAUGCAACGAUAUGCGACCAUGCCAAGAACGGCAAGACUGGAGAUCGGGCGUUUGCUCCAUUAAGUCGAACCAUCAUGGAGUGGCCGGCUGGGGUUCAACUGGCUACGUAUCCUACGACAGGAUUACGGUAUUACCUUUAUUUCAUUUAAUUUUCCUACAACACUAAAUAAUGACGGAGCAUGGGGAAACGGGAAAUGUAUGGAAAGGG